AUGCCCGGCUCCCUCUCCCUUUUCUCCGUCAAUGCGGUCGUCCUCAUGUCCGCCGACGACGGCUCUCGCAUCUUUGCCAAGUAUUUCUCGCCGCCUCACCCCCCAGCCGGUGUUGCGCCCAAUUCCACCGACUACCCUGGUGCCAAUCCCUAUCCGACGGUGAAGGAGCAGAAGGCGUUUGAGCAGGGCCUCCUUGAGAAAACGAACAAGCAGACUAGUGAUGUUAUUCUUUACGAUAACCGGAUUGUGGUGUUUAAGAUGGAAAGCGAUGUGAUGCUCUAUGUGGUUGGGAGUGCAGAGGAGAAUGAGGUGUUGUUGUAUAAUGUGGUUUUGUCGUUGAGAGAUGCAUUGGGGAUUUUGUUCAAGGGCGCCACGGACAAGCGCACAAUCGUCGAAAAUUACGACCUAGUCGCCCUCGCCAUUGACGAGCUCAUCGAUGAUGGUAUUAUCCUCGAGACCGACCCCGUCCUCAUCGCCUCUCGUGUCAGCCGCGCACCUGCCCCCGAUGCGCCGAACAUGAAGAAUAUCGACCUCUCGGAACAAGGAUUGAUGAAUGCCUGGGAGUUCGGAAAGAGGCGCCUGGCAGAAGGAUUGCGACAGAUGUAG